GUCCGAUCCUCCGCCAGGAAACAUUUAAGAUGCUCUAAACCUCCGGAGAAGAAGCGCAAGGAAUCCAUCAACAAGUUUUCCCCCCCCAAUUAAGGACAGAAGAUGUUUCCUUCUCGCUUCUGACUGCUUUUCGUUCUUCCACGGGAGUACAACUGUUGUAUGGAAUAGAAUUGCGCACUUUGGGGAUUUUAACAUUUUCACUGCUUUUUUAUUUUCCUUUUUUAUUGACACGCUUGGCUAUGGCGCAAAGGUACGACGAGUUGUCUCAUUACGGAGGCGGGAUGGACGGAGUCGGAGUGCCCGCCUCCAUGUAUGGGGACCCGCACGCCCCGCGGCCCCUGGCCCAGGUGCACCACCUGAACCACGGGCCCCCGCCGCACCCCACGCAGCACUACGGAGCGCACACGCCGCAUAGCAUCAUGGCGGGAAGCAUGGCGGGCAGCAUGGGCAGCGCCGUCAACGACGCGCUGAAGCGAGACAAGGACCAAAUUUAUGGUCAUCCAUUAUUUCCACUUCUCGCCCUGGUGUUUGAGAAGUGCGAGCUGGCCACGUGCACGCCCAGAGAACCAGGAGUGGCGGGAGGAGAUGUUUGCUCCUCAGACUCCUUCAAUGAAGACAUAGCAGUGUUUGCAAAACAGAUCCGCGCUGAGAAGCCUUUAUUUUCGUCAAACCCAGAAUUGGAUAACUUGAUGAUUCAAGCCAUCCAAGUGCUACGCUUUCAUCUACUGGAGUUAGAGAAGGUUCACGAGCUCUGUGAUAACUUUUGCCAUCGCUACAUCAGCUGCCUGAAGGGCAAAAUGCCCAUCGACCUGGUCAUCGAGGAGCGAGACGUUUGCAAGUCGGACUUUGACGACCUGUCGGGAUCCUCUACCAACCUUGGAGAUCAUAACCCAGCAUCCUGGAGAGACUUGGACGACGCCCACUCGACACCCUCGGUAGGGACCCCGGGCCCGUCCAGUGGGGGACACGUCUCUCAGAGUGGAGACAACACAAGUGAACUCGGAGACGGCCUAGACAACAGCUUAGCGUCACCGGGCACAGGAGAUGAAGAUGACCAGGACAAGAAGAGGCAGAAAAAAAGAGGCAUCUUCCCCAAAGUGGCUACAAACAUAAUGAGGGCAUGGCUAUUUCAGCACCUUACGCCUAUAGGGCCGAGACCUCACCGUCACGCCUGGGCUGGUCUCUAUGUGAUGCUGGGUGAGAGUCGUGCGGCCUGGCAGGGGGGAGAAGACGUCAGCAAAAUGCUGCUGCAAUUUGGCCACAUCUGCUUUCUGUGA